AUGCAGGAGACCCUGUCCACCAAGCGGUUUGGCCCGGAGCUGAAGCGCUUCACGCACCUCCCCGCCCUCAACGGUGUCCAGAGCUGGGCAUGCUUCGUGUGGGCGUACGUGCUCCUCAAGAUCUUUGAGAAGGGCCAUUCAAAGAUGCCGCCCAUCACUGCCUACUGGAAGCCUGCGGUGUCCAACAGCAUCGGGCCGGCCUGCGGAAUGCAGGCCCUCAAGUACAUCUCCUACCCCGCCCAAGUGCUUGCCAAGUCCUCCAAGAUGAUCCCUGUCAUGCUGGUCGGCACCGUACUGCACGGAAAGUCCUACUCUGUCGUGGAGUACACCUGCUGCUCCCUCAUCUCAGCCGGCAUCUCCCUCUUCGCCCUGCGCUCAUCCACAAAGGUCACCAGCAAGCUGGCGCAUCCCAACGCCCCCCUGGGCUACUUCCUCUGCUUUGUCAACCUGACCCUGGACGGGUACACCAACGCAGCCCAGGAUGAGAUCCAUCGGAAGCAUGAGGGCGGGUCUGCGCUGCACAUGAUGUGCUGGAUGAACUUCUGGUGCGGCCUCUUCUAUGUCCCCUUCCUCUUUGGCCUGACCAACACGGGGCGGGAGCUGCUGGCAUUCUGCAUCCAGUACCCAGAGGCGGGCCGCGACGUCUUGCUCUUCUGCCUCUGCGGCGCCGUGGGGCAGCUCUUCAUCUUCCACACCAUCCGGCGAUUCGGUAGCCUGAUCAACACCCUCAUCACCACCACCCGCAAGUUCUUCAACAUCCUGCUGUCGGUGCUGUGGAGCGGCAACCCCCUUCUGGGGCAGCAAUGGGUGGCGGUGGCCAUGGUGUUCGGAGGCCUGCUCGCCUCCUCUGUCUACAAGAGCAGGCGCCACGCCAUCCCAGGAAAGACCAAGCAUGCUUGA